GUCAAAAGACGUCCAUAUCAAGCAAGCGUCGGUUACUUCCCACCACACGCGCACACGCCACCGUGCACUCGCCACACCCAGCGCACAUGGUCGCGCCCCGCCGCCGCUCAGACUCGCAGCGCCCGCUCCUCGACGAAGAGGAGGCAGCAGACGUCGACGACAUCUCGCCCACCACCGACGACGACUCCACCGGCCGCAUCGCGCUCGCCGACCCCGACGACGACGAGCCCAAGCCUUCUGGACCGUUCCUCCGCGCACUCAACAUGGCGCCGACGACUAGGGAUAGGUGGAGCCUCGGGCUGCUUGCUGCCGGCAUCGCCCUCUUCCUCCCGCUCACCUGGACGCUCGUCCUGACCGCCGACGUGGCCGCGCUGGGCUACUUCGCGCCGCACCCCCCGCUGAACGCGCUCGCGAUCACGCUGUUCGCGCUCGGCGUUGCGCCGGUGCAGCCGCCGACGCCGCCGCCGGGCGUGCGCGCGCUGCGCCUGGCCACGCACCAGCGUGUGCUUGCCGGCUUUGCCGUGCCCCUCAUGGCGGUCGGCACGUCGUUCAUGUGGUGGAACAAGGAGGUGCACGGCGCGGCGCACUACACGACGUGGCAUGCGUGGUUCGGCUGCGCGACGCUGCUGUGGGUGCUGGUGCAGGCGCUUGUUGGCGGGCUGAGCGUGUGGGCGGGCGGCGCGGCGUUCGGCGGCGGCGCAAAGGCCAAGGCGGUGUACAAGUACCACCGCCUCUCGGGAUACCUCCUCAUCGGGCUGUCCCUCGCGACCGCCUUCCUCGCGGGCGGAUACUCGACCUGGGCCGUGUCCCGCGGCCCGGCGUACACGCCCCUCCGCGUCGGCGCGUUCUACAUCGGCAUCCCGCUCAUUGCCAUUGGGCUUGGGCUGCGCAUCAGGACGAGCAAGAUGAAGUUUGCGUAGGGCCGUGGCCUGGCGCCGUGAGGCGAGAUGAGAUACGAUACAGCAGACAGACUAGAUUGACAGGCAGAACAAGACGGAUGAAGCUCUAGACCGA